AUGACAAGAAGGUCCAAUCCAAAUACAACCAUUGAAGAAGAUCUUGACAUUGACCAACUUGAGCGCACACUUAGGCGACUAAGGAGAGAAAGAAUGAAUCCAGGCGGAGAAGGCGCGCCAAAUAGGCCAAACAACCCGCCCGACCAAGAGAGGAGAGCCAAUGAUCCUCCUAAUCCAGCAGAAGCUAGAGCUGACCAGCCAGCACCGGCCAGAGACGUUCCUCCACCCAAUCCGAACGCGCCCGAUGCAGCUGAGCCGCUACAGCCACCUCUUAACCCGCCGCGACCACCACCGGCGUUUGCAAAUGGACAUCAUCGUCACGGUGACAACCAAGGGAUGCCUCAAGACCAACCUCACGCACCUCCAAGGAGAGUGCCAAACGCGCAGCAUCCAAGGCACCAAACUAUGGGAGACUUUGAUUCGUCCGAUGCUUUCUUUAUGGAUCGGAAUCCAAUCCGACCGCCUCUACCUCCAAGGAACGAUUUUGAGAUCAAACCGCAGAUCAUUGCCUUGGUGAAGCAAAACCAAUUCCAUGGUUUGCCCACUGAGCAUCCUCUUGAUCACGUCGACACCUUUGAGGAGAUAUGUAGCACAACUCGUGUUAAUGGAGUAUCGCCGGAUUACUUCAAGUGCAAGCUAUUCACUUUUUCUCUAAGUGACAAGGCGCUAAGAUGGGUAAAAUCUUUACCACCUCAGUCCAUUACAACAUGGAAUGAAUACAAGGGAGCUUUCUUGAACCAAUUCUACACUAAGCAAAGAUCCAACUCUAUAAGGAGCAAGAUUUCUGGUUUCAAGCAAGAUUCAAUGGAGUCAUUCUAUGAAGCUUUGGAGAGAUUCAAGGAGUACACAAGAAGCUGCCCUAACCAUGGCUUUUCAGAAGGUAACCUUUGGAACAUCUUUUACAAUGGGAUUGAUCAUAAAUACAAGCUUUCUCUCGAUACCGCGAGCAAUGGUAAUUUCAUGACCAAGUCGGUGCCGGAGGCAAAGCUUUUGAUUGAGAAUCUCGCUGCUAGUGAUGCCAAUGCAUGCCCUGACUACAAUAGAAGCGUGAAGACCACGAGCUCAUCAGAAUCAGCUCAAAUCUCGGAGCUAAGGAACAUGGUUUCACAACUACUUAAAAGCCGACAAGGAGUUCACGCCAUUGAAGAUGCCCUAGCCACAAAUGAAGACACUCUUAUGGAUUUCAUGAGAGAUGGCGCUGAAGAGAAUCUAGAGGAAGUCAACUACAUUGGAGGAAACUAUGGGAAUAGAGGAUUCAAUCCACCAUUUCGCGCGCAUCCAAACCUAUCAUACCGGAGCAACAAUGUGGAGAAUCCAAAUGACCAAGUCUACCCCAAUCAAGGAGCGUAUCAAGGAGGCCAAUACCAAUCCAAGCCACAACAAGUCUAUCCAAGAGGGAUGUACCAAGUGAAGCAACCAUUCACUUUUUCUCAAGAAACAAAUCCAACCCAAACCGGAGAGAAGGUUGACGUGGCGUUGAAGAAAUACAUGGAGGAGCAGAGAUUGAUCACCAAGAACCUAUAUGAGAAGCUUGAUCACAUGUUUGGUGAUCUAAGCAGCAAGUUUGGGUCUCUCUCUACUCACGUUCAAAAGCUUGAGGUGCAAAUCGCUCAAACAGCCGAGGCGGCCAAGAAACAAAAUGAGGUAAACACUCAAAAAUUUUGUAGUGUUGUCUCAUCUAUAGAUGGCACAAUUGUUCCUACACUAUCUCAAGGGGAAGAAGAAGAAAAUGAGCCUAAGGAGAGGCACAAACCGGAGAGAUACAGUUGGGAAUCAAGAAGAGCUUACAAGAGAAGACUUGAAGGCAAGCCACUACAAAAACAAGAAGAUCCGGGGAAGUUUGUGAUAACUUCAAGUAUCAAUGGCAUUCAACUCCACGAUUGCCUAUGUGAUACUGGUGCUAAUGUUAAUCUAAUGUCUCUUGCACUUGCAAAAGAUUUGGGAUUCAAGGAAUUCAAGAGCCCCAAGAUAAGAGUCGAGUUCGCGGAUCUAUCGUGCAUGGAACCUUAUGGAAUGCUUGAAGAUGUCAUGAUGGAAAUAGGGGGUCGAUCGGUCCCAACUGACUUUCAAGUCAUGAUUUGGGAAGGCUCAAAGAGGAAUCAACUGAUUCUUGGAACCCCAUUCCUUGCUACAGCUGGAGCGGUCCUAAACUACUUUGGGAAUCAUCUAUCUUUUGGCCACAUCCGGCAAGAUAUCUUUUUCCCAAGUGUAAAUUUCAGGUCAGUGCCAAGUGCGACCAAGCUACCACCAGAAGAAGCCACUCUCAUUACCAAGAAAGAAGCUAUGCUGCAUGGAGAAAGAAGAGAGAGUGAGCGCUACCCAAAACCAAAGGAGAAGAAGAAAACAUUGGAGCCGAGGCAUGAAAAUAUAAGAAUCUUUACACCAAAAGAUUCGGAGCUUAAAGGUGACCAAUCCAUUGAAGAGAAGCUUGAGAGAACUAUGAAGCUUUUCCCCAAGGCAUUGGUUUUCAAAGAUGAUGUGAGAGAUGACUAUGGCGCGACAACACCACCACAAGAAGCCACUGAACCGGAGAAUGGAGAAGCUAAAGGGAUCCUUUGCCCUUCAGCCACUCUUCACCACGAUUGA